UGCUUUUUUCUUCUGUCUGAAAAACGAAACGACACCUUUUCGUCACAGCAGCUGAAGAAAAUUUUCCUUCCCGGACGAGACGGUUCUUGUUUGGCGCAGCAAAAGUGAACUAAUAUCGUACUUUUACUAGAGUGGCACUUCCGACGAUGGCAGCGCUAUUGAAACUGUCCCAGAGCGUCCGGGUCGCGAGCCGGGGAACGCAGCUCUUCCAGCGUCUGAAAUCAUCGAACGCUGCCGAUUUCAAGGCAGCCCUGGUGAAUGUCCCCCCGACUGAGGUGACCACCCUGGACAGUGGUCUGCGUGUGGCAAGCGAAGAUUCCGGAUCGCAAACUGCAACCGUGGGUUUGUGGAUUGAUGCCGGAUCCCGGUACGAGGAUGCCCGGAACAAUGGCGUUGCUCACUUCCUGGAGCAUAUGGCUUUCAAGGGGACCGCCAAACGAUCCCAAACCGAUCUGGAGCUGGAGGUCGAGAAUAUGGGAGCCCAUCUGAAUGCCUACACGUCCCGGGAACAGACCGUGUUCUACGCCAAGUGUCUGUCCAAGGAUGUCCCGAAGGCAGUCGAAAUCCUUUCGGAUAUCAUCCAGAACUCGAAACUGGGAGAGUCGGAAAUCGAACGAGAACGUGGUGUUAUCCUGCGGGAGAUGCAAGAAGUCGAAAGUAACCUGCAGGAGGUUGUGUUCGAUCAUUUGCAUGCCACCGCCUAUCAGGGUACCCCACUGGGAAACACCAUCCUUGGCCCGACCAAGAACAUCCAGUCGAUCGGCAAAUCGGAUCUGCAGGCCUACAUCGAUACCCACUACAAGGCCCCGCGCAUUGUGCUGGCCGGUUCCGGAGGCGUGAAGCACAAGGACCUGGUCCAGCUGGCCCAAUCCAAUUUGGGCAAAAUCGGUAGCACCUUCGACGGCAAGGCUCCGGUUGUUGAGCCGUGCCGUUUCACCGGUUCCGAGGUUCGCGUCCGGGACGAUUCCCUACCGCUGGCCCACGUUGCCAUUGCCGUCGAGGGCUGUGGCUGGACCGACCAGGACAACGUACCGCUGAUGGUGGCCAACACCCUGAUCGGAGCCUGGGAUCGCUCGCAGGGCGGUGGUGCCAACAACGCCUCGAAGCUGGCGGCGGCCGCGGCCGAGGACAACCUCUGCCACAGCUUCCAGUCGUUCAACACCUGCUACAAGGACACCGGCCUGUGGGGCAUCUACUUCGUGUGCGAUCCGCUUAAGUGCGAGGACAUGGUGUUCAAUCUGCAGAACGAGUGGAUGCGCCUGUGCACCAUGGUCACCGAAAGCGAGGUCGAGCGGGCCAAGAACCUGCUUAAGACCAACAUGCUGCUGCAGCUGGACGGAACCACCCCCAUUUGCGAGGAUAUCGGCCGCCAGAUGCUGUGCUACAACCGCCGCAUCCCACUGCACGAGCUGGAAAAGCGAAUUGAGAAUGUGAGCGCCCAGAACGUACGGGACGUCGCGAUGAAGUACAUUUUCGACCGUUGCCCGGCCAUCGCCGCCGUCGGACCGAUCGAGAACCUGCCCGACUACAUGCGCAUCCGUGGUUCCAUGUACUGGAUGAGGGUAUAAGCGCUUCUCUGCCGUUGAAAAACAAAACAUAUUACUAUUGUGUAGAUUAGUUACUGAAAACGAUCCGAUGAAAGAUAACAGCAAAACAUGGGUGGGAAAAUUAGUUUGGUACUGCUUCUGAAGAGCGAGAUUCUUACCCGCUAACGCGGAUAACGAAUUUUUCACAAGUUGUAAAACAAGAAGAACCGUGCAGCAGUUAUGUAAUAGUUGCUCUGAACGUAAAUAUCCAAUAAAAACUACCCUUCAACACAA